AUGCCUUUCAUUACGUCUUCUUAUCUACCCUUUUUCUCCUUCUUCUCUCUAUUUGCUUAUCUUAGACUUAGCACUUGUGCAAUCAACCCUGAUAAAGUUAGUUUUGAUCAAAACUACUAUAACACAUGGGGAUUUUAUCAUUUCUCCUCUAUAAACAAUGGGACAGAAGUUCGGCUCUCUAUAGACGAAUAUUCUGGGUCAGGGUUUAUGUCCAAUCAUACUUAUGGCUCCGGAUUCUUUCGAAUGAGGAUGAAGAUACCAAACAAGGAUUCCUUAGGAAUCAUCACUACUUUCUAUCUUACUUCACAGCAAAAUAAUCAGCCUGCUGGAAAUCAUGAUGAACUUGAUUUUGAGUUCCUAGGAGGCCAUGGAAUGCCAUACACAUUGCAAACAAAUGUGUUUUCAAAUGAUAAUGGUGGUAGGGAAGAAAGGGUUGCUCUCUGGUUCGAUCCCACAGCUGAUUUUCAUACAUAUAAAAUUCUAUGGAACCAACAUCAGAUAGUGUUUUAUGUGGACAAAAUCCCUAUCAGAGUGUUUAAAAACAAUACAGGCAUUGGGGUGAAUUAUCCUUCCCAAGCAAUGAGUGUGGUGGGAAGUUUAUGGAGUGACACAACUUGGGCAGCCCAUGGGCAGCAAAUUAACUGGACUCAAGCACCCUUUGUGGCUUACUUUCAGGGAUUCAAUAUUAAUGGCUGCUUGAAAGACAUCGACAGUACUAGUCAAUGUAAUUCUACCCACUAUAGGUGGAAUGGACCGAGGUACAUGGGAUUGGACCAGACUGAAAUCGUCGCUUAUGAGAAGGUGAGACGGAAAUAUUUGACUUAUAGCUAUUGUUCUGAUAGGGGAAGCCUUCACCCAGAAUGCCCAAGGCGAACAUUAGAAUGA